AUUGAUAACAUUGAUGAAGAUUAGACAUAAUUAUCAUAACUUACAUUUAGCUGAACUUUUUAGUUGCAGUACUGCUACAAUAGCGAAUAUUGUGACAACAUUUAUCCAUGUUUUGCACCAAAUUCUAUAUGAAGAUCAAAUGGAGAUAGCUGUUCCAUCCAGACAAAAAAACAAAACUUCACUUCCAGGCUCAUUUAGCUUAUUUGGAGACUGUCGUAUGGUAAUAGAUUGCACCGAUAUCGAGGUUGCUACACCUAAGCUUAUGAGUGACCAAAAAUUGACAUAUUCAACGUACAGGGGUAUGAAUUCUUUUAAGACAAUUGUUGGUGUGGCACCCAACGCGGUUAUAACUUAUGUAAGUAAACUUUUCCCUGGCUCAGUAUCAGAUAAAGUAACGGUUCAAAAGUCAGGAAUAUUAAAGCAUUUUGUUGCUGGGGAUAUUAUACUUGCGGAUAAAGGGUUUUUGAUAAAUGAUAUUGUUCCUAAUGGUGUAUAUGUGAACAUUCCCCCAUUCUUGAACAAUGGAAAAUUUACAGAAAGUGAAGUUAAGUUAACAAAGAGCAUUGCAAAAUGUCGUAUACACGUAGAACGUGCUAAUGCUAGAUUGAAGAACUAUAAAAUUUUAAAUUUUGUGCCACCAUACUUGCGAUCCCUCUCUGGUAAGAUUAUACAGCUAUGUGGUGCUUUAGUUAAUUUACAAAACCCAUUAAUUAAGGAAACCAAUGACACUGUUGACUUUGAUUAGUCAUUUUAAUUGAAAUAUUGAUCAUCUUACAUCAGUUUACUAAGGCCUGGUAUACAUUGGCAUUGUCUGAUCAUAGUUAAUCAAUUAA